UGGUGGGAGAAACAGAGACUAUAAAUUCGAGCGAUUCAACAAUCCUACGCUGUAUAAGAAAAAUAAUUUGCAAAGAAGUUUACUGAAAGUUGAGUUUUGUGAGAAGUGAAAAAAAUAGUUCAGAAUGCAGAUCUUCGUCAAAACUUUGACCGGAAAAACCAUCACUCUAGAGGUAGAACCCUCUGAUACUAUUGAGAAUGUGAAGGCUAAAAUACAAGAUAAAGAAGGAAUCCCACCAGACCAACAGAGAUUGAUCUUUGCUGGUAAACAAUUGGAAGAUGGCCGUACUCUUUCCGAUUACAACAUUCAAAAAGAAUCUACCCUUCACUUGGUACUUCGUCUCAGAGGAGGAAUGCAAAUCUUCGUCAAGACGUUGACUGGAAAAACAAUCACCCUAGAAGUUGAGCCCUCUGACACCAUCGAAAAUGUAAAGGCUAAAAUCCAAGACAAAGAAGGAAUCCCACCAGACCAGCAGAGGUUGAUCUUCGCUGGAAAACAAUUGGAAGAUGGUCGCACACUAUCCGAUUACAAUAUCCAGAAGGAAUCUACCCUUCACUUGGUACUUCGUCUCAGAGGAGGAAUGCAAAUCUUCGUCAAAACAUUGACCGGAAAGACCAUCACCUUGGAAGUAGAACCAUCUGACACCAUCGAAAAUGUAAAGGCUAAAAUCCAAGACAAAGAAGGAAUCCCACCAGACCAGCAGAGGUUGAUCUUCGCUGGAAAACAAUUAGAAGAUGGCCGCACACUUUCCGACUAUAAUAUCCAGAAGGAAUCCACACUCCAUUUGGUACUUCGUCUCAGAGGAGGAAUGCAAAUCUUCGUCAAAACAUUGACCGGAAAGACCAUCACCUUGGAAGUAGAACCAUCUGACACCAUCGAAAAUGUAAAAGCUAAAAUCCAAGAUAAAGAAGGUAUCCCACCAGACCAGCAGAGGUUGAUCUUCGCUGGAAAACAAUUGGAAGAUGGCCGCACACUAUCCGAUUACAAUAUCCAGAAGGAAUCUACCCUUCACUUGGUACUUCGUCUCAGGGGAGGAAUGCAAAUCUUCGUCAAAACAUUGACCGGAAAGACCAUCACCUUGGAAGUAGAACCAUCUGACACCAUCGAAAAUGUAAAGGCUAAAAUCCAAGACAAAGAAGGAAUCCCACCAGACCAGCAGAGGUUGAUCUUCGCCGGUAAACAAUUAGAAGAUGGCCGCACACUAUCCGAUUACAAUAUCCAGAAGGAAUCUACCCUUCAUUUGGUACUUCGUCUCAGGGGAGGAAUGCAAAUCUUCGUCAAAACAUUGACCGGAAAGACCAUCACCUUGGAAGUAGAACCAUCUGACACCAUCGAAAAUGUAAAGGCUAAAAUCCAAGACAAAGAAGGAAUCCCACCAGACCAGCAGAGGUUGAUCUUCGCCGGUAAACAAUUAGAAGAUGGCCGCACACUAUCCGACUAUAAUAUCCAAAAGGAAUCUACUCUUCACUUGGUACUUCGUCUCAGAGGUGGAAUGCAAAUCUUCGUCAAGACGUUGACUGGAAAGACCAUCACUUUAGAAGUUGAGCCAUCAGACACUAUUGAAAACGUCAAAGCUAAAAUUCAAGACAAGGAAGGAAUCCCACCAGAUCAACAAAGGUUGAUCUUCGCCGGUAAACAGCUAGAAGAUGGUCGCACUCUUUCUGAUUACAACAUUCAAAAAGAAUCAACCCUUCACUUGGUACUUCGUCUCAGGGGAGGAAUGCAAAUCUUUGUCAAAACAUUGACCGGAAAGACAAUCACCUUGGAAGUAGAACCAUCUGACACCAUCGAAAACGUAAAAGCUAAAAUCCAAGACAAAGAAGGUAUCCCACCAGACCAGCAGAGAUUAAUCUUCGCCGGUAAACAAUUAGAAGAUGGUCGCACUCUUUCUGAUUACAACAUUCAAAAAGAAUCUACCUUACAUUUGGUACUUCGUCUCAGAGGAGGAAUGCAAAUCUUCGUCAAGACGUUGACUGGAAAGACCAUCACUUUGGAAGUUGAGCCAUCAGACACUAUUGAAAACGUCAAAGCUAAAAUUCAAGACAAGGAAGGAAUCCCACCAGAUCAACAAAGGUUGAUCUUCGCCGGUAAACAAUUGGAAGAUGGUCGCACACUUUCUGACUAUAAUAUCCAGAAGGAAUCCACCCUCCAUUUGGUACUUCGUCUAAGAGGUGGAAUGCAAAUAUUCGUCAAGACAUUGACCGGAAAGACCAUCACCUUGGAAGUAGAACCUUCUGACACCAUCGAAAAUGUAAAGGCUAAAAUUCAAGACAAGGAAGGAAUCCCACCAGAUCAACAAAGGUUGAUCUUCGCCGGUAAACAAUUGGAAGAUGGUCGCACACUUUCCGACUAUAAUAUCCAGAAAGAAUCCACACUCCAUUUGGUACUUCGUCUCAGAGGAGGAAUGCAAAUCUUCGUCAAAACAUUGACCGGAAAGACCAUCACCUUGGAAGUAGAACCAUCUGACACCAUCGAAAAUGUAAAAGCUAAAAUCCAAGAUAAAGAAGGUAUCCCACCAGACCAGCAGAGGUUGAUCUUCGCUGGAAAACAAUUGGAAGAUGGCCGCACACUAUCCGACUAUAAUAUCCAGAAGGAAUCUACCCUCCACUUGGUACUUCGUCUCAGGGGAGGAAUGCAAAUCUUCGUCAAGACAUUGACCGGAAAGACCAUCACCUUGGAAGUAGAACCAUCUGACACCAUCGAAAAUGUAAAGGCUAAAAUCCAAGACAAAGAAGGAAUCCCACCAGACCAGCAGAGGUUGAUCUUCGCUGGAAAACAAUUGGAAGAUGGCCGCACACUAUCCGACUAUAAUAUCCAGAAGGAAUCUACCCUCCACUUGGUACUUCGUCUCAGGGGAGGAAUGCAAAUCUUCGUCAAGACAUUGACCGGAAAGACCAUCACCUUGGAAGUAGAACCAUCUGACACCAUCGAAAAUGUAAAGGCUAAAAUUCAAGACAAAGAAGGAAUCCCACCAGACCAGCAGAGGUUGAUCUUCGCCGGUAAACAAUUGGAAGAUGGUCGCACUCUUUCCGACUAUAAUAUUCAAAAGGAAUCUACGCUGCAUUUAGUUUUGCGUCUUCGUGGAGGACAUUAACUAUAUCCACCUUUAGUUAUUUAUUCAGAGUAUCCAAAGCUGUGUUAUACUUUAUAUCUAACAAAUAUUUCAAAUUGUCAGUGAUAUUAUAUGGUGAAGAAUUUAAA